AUGACAGAAAAAAAUACUUUGCCAUGCUUGGUUGACUUAUGUAUCUUUCCAGUUGGAACUGAUAGUGUAAGUGGCUCUGAUUUUGUAACCAAAAUAGAGCAGCAAAUCCAAGAAAGCGGAUUAAGUAGUACUUUACAUGGUAUGGGUACAACAAUAGAAGGGCCUUGGGAUGAUGUUAUGUAUUUAAUAGGUCAACUACAUUUAAAAGCUCAUCAGAAUGGCUAUGUUCGAAUUCAUUCUGACAUUAGAGUUGGAACUAGAACCGAUAAGCCUCAAAGCUAUGCUAGUAAAGUACAAACUGUUGAAAGAAAGUUAAAAGAGCUCAGCAAAUGA